CUCUUUAGUGUUGGGUUUAUUCUUGAGUUACAUGGCUGUGUGUGUCCUCGUUCUGUGUUAUAGCCAAGUAUCCCAUUAUACAACAACAGAUAUCCACAAAGUUUCCGUUGGAGCCCCGUCGCAUGGGAGUCAAGCUCCUCUGGGAAGCAUAAGGAAUUAAAGGAAUUGCCUGGACUUCGCCGAAUGCAAUUGGGGAUACUUCUCAGUGCACAACAGCCCAGUCCCCAUCCUGUAUCAACAGAAUCAUGAGGAGGCUGGUCAGGCCGGUUUACACUUUACUGUUUAGGUCACAUGACGGUCAAGGUUCUUCUGACAAGGCCUCAGAGUGUGUCAAGGAUACUUCUCAGUGCACAACAGCCCAGUCCCCAUCCUGUAUCAACAGAAUCAUGAGGAGGCUGGUCAGGCCGGUUUACACUUUACUGUUUAGGUCACAUGACGGUCAAGGUUCUUCUGACAAGGCCUCAGAGUGUGUCAAGAAUUCAACCUGACUUGCGAGGCAGUGAGGCGGCAUGAUGUGGAGAGACGUGGGAGUAACACUGAUACUGUCACUAAUCCUGCCUGUGGUUGCUCAGGGAGCACGCCACACCCCCCCAGGAAAGCCCAAGCUGACCAGCUGUAGGUCCCCAGAUAAGGAGACCUUCACCUGCUGGUGGGAGGCAGGCUCUGAUGGGGGGCGACCCACCACCUACUCCCUCUUCUACCACAAAGAGAACUCUGAAACAGUCUAUGAGUGUCCAGACUACCAUACAGCGGGGGCCAACUCCUGUUUCUUCAACAAGAAUGAAACGUCCAUCUGGGUCAACUACAACAUCACUGUAGUGGCCACCAACGCCCUCGGCAACAACUUCUCUGACCCUGUGGAUGUAGACGUGGUCUAUAUAGUCCAGCCACACACACCAGAGAACGUGACGGUAGGGGUGUUGGAGGACGAAGAUGGUCCCUUCCUCAGGGUGUCAUGGGAACCGCCCCGUAAGGCCGACACACGUUCCGGUUGGAUCACCCUCAUCUAUGAGCUCAGGGUAAAACUGGAGGAGGCGGAGGAGUGGGAGGAGCACCGCGCAGGCCAGCAGAAAAUGUUCAACAUCUUCAGCCUGCACUCUGGUGGUGUCUACAUGGUGCAGGUCCGUUGUAAGCCAGACCACGGCUUCUGGAGCGAGUGGAGCACCGCCAGCUAUGUCAAAGUUCCAGACUACAUACCCCGGGAACGAUCCAUGUGGAUCCUGAUAGCCGUCUUCUCUGCCUUCAUCUUCUUGAUUCUCACAUGGAUUAUCACCUUGAACAGAAGCAGUGUGAAGCACUGUCUACUACCUCCCGUUCCUGGACCUAAAAUAAAAGGAUUUGAUCAACAGCUUCUCAAGAAGGGCAAGCCAGAAGAGGUAUUCAACUCCUUGGUAGUCCAAAGUUUCCCCCCGAGGUCUACUGACUACGAGGAUCUGCUGGUGGAAUACCUGGAAGUGUACGUCAACGAGAAACAGGAACUGAUGCCGGAAGGAAAAGACCUCCAAGAGGUUGGCUGCCUCAAGUCCAAGAGCCAAUCGGACAACGACUCGGGCCGGGGCAGCUGUGACAGCCACACCUUGCUGAUGGAGAAGUGUGGAGGUGUGGAGUCCAAGGACGAGUCGAGCUACGAGGAACCCGAGCUACUGCAAGGCCAGGCGGGGUCUUGGGAGAGGCUGGAGAGGGGAGACAGCCAGGUGGUGGACACCCCAGAUUCAUCAGAUGGGAGGGUUAAGACCUGGCCAUUAGUCUUCUCCCCGUCAAUCCAUGGAUCCUCCGACAACCACCACUAUGGUACACUUGAGAUGCCCAAGCAGCACAGCACAAGUGAGAUAACAUACAGCAUCCCAGAUCAUCUCUUCGCCACAUCCACCUCCUUUCCCCACCACCACCACCCAGAGUACAGAGACAGCCUGGGAGAGUACAGCGAUUACCGUCGCAGCAGAUCCCCAUCCACUGGAGUUGCAUACCGCUGGGAGGCCCAGCACCACCCCCAGGCCCACAGCAACUUCAACAUCCGCAAUCUGGAGCACCAGAAAGAAGCCACGGGGCUUGGGCUGCCCCCCUCCCGGUCCAUGGAGUACGUGGAGGUCCAGAAAGUGAACCAGGAGAACCAGCUGGUCCUGAAGCCCCUCUCCAGCCACGGCCGGGGCCUCUUCCAGGUGCAGUUCGGCAGGGCCGGGGUGGACUACAGUAAAGUAAACGGGGUGAACAAUGACAACGUGCUCUUGCUGCAGAGGCAGAGGGAGAUGGCUGAGGCUGGGCAGUACUGUGACUACCGGGCUAAGGAGGGGGCUUCGGCUGAGAGAUAUCCCACACAGCAGCAGGGCAAGACGGCCAAAGACGGACCUGUAGCUACCCAGCUCCAGGAGAGCACGUGCCUGACCACCAGUGGCUAUGUGGACACUGCCCCCACGAUGUCCACCUUCUAGACGAAUCUACCCUGCAUGAGGGUCUGAAAGACAGUCUGUGUGCUAAACUCCCUGCUCCUGCUGUAGUCAUGAGCUGGGUUGUGACAUCACACAGUUAAACAGUUUGCUAUUGUGUUUGCUUCUGUCAGUCUCCAGCUCAGCACAGGAGUUUUGUACAUUGAGGAUGCCUGGAUGGAUAGUUCUGUGGAGAAUACAAAAUGGUUCCCUCGAAGGCUAAGCUAACCUCCCAAAAACGUACAAACACUUUGAGAUAGUGAGGAGAGUUUCUGUCAGAGGCGGAACCAAAACCCUUUAGCUCACAAAUUGUUAAAGAACCAACUAUAUAUGCGUACUCCAUGCAAUAACCGAUGGAAAACAGUUUUAUGCUUCAGAAUCCACAGACUGAACAGCUAUAUAUUUAUUUUUUUAAUAUACAUGAUUAUUCAUGAUAAUGAAUGUAUUUGAUCAUAAUGGUGUAAAUUCAAUUGUAUGCUAAUGAUUUCUUAUUUCAGCUCUGCUGUUUCUCUAUGUAAUGCAAAUUGAAACUCUACUGAUUUCCAAAAGGUAUGACUGCAGACGAUUUCCUCAACCGACUUGCAAAGUAAACCUUUCUGUGGACAGAUAUUAUGCGGGUGUAAUGUGAAAUGAUUCUGGUAGAACCACAACUGGGGAAACCUCUAAAUGAAUCUCAAUGUAUUACUCUGACUUUUAUAAAUGUGUCUAGUCUCAGAGAGAUACUGUACCAGCGGAUGAUUCAGUGUUUUGGUUUAGAAAACGUUUUUCUAUUAUCUGUAAGUACAAUUUUGUAUUAAAGAAAAUAAAAAAGUACAAAGGGAAAAGCACAACAAAAAGAAAUACAGGGAUAUUUUUCCAUACCGAGUUUAUUUUGGUGUAGGUACAUACAGAUUCAUUACUAUAUUGAUUAUUUGUUCAAUCAAGUAUAUUGAUGAUUUGUUCUGUGAAUUAAAAUGCUGCUCAUUAAAGAUGUAAUAUAGACAAAUCAGGUAUUAUGUAUUACUUCUUCUAGAUUAUUCCCGUGAAUUGACUUCUAAAUUAGCCUCGGAAGUAAUUAUUAUACAAUAGAACCAUAACUGCAAUGACUUUAUGAAAAGACAGACACACAUCAGUCUUCAAUGCACCAUCUGGCAUGUUCUAUAGAGGAGCAUGAAGGAAAAAUUAAACACAUAUCCUGUCUCACAUCUCUAGGUGCUUUUCAGUGUUGACAGUAUUAAAACACAACUCCGGUACCAAAACACUACUACAAACAAGCUACAAUGUGAAAUCGCAUUUGAUUUCCAUUGAUAAUUUGUGUGUGAUUUUGUUGUCAGCACAUUCAACUAUGUAAAGAAAAAGGUUUUGAAUAAGAAUAUUUCAUUCAUUCAGAUCUAGGAUGUGUUAUUUUAGUGUUCCCUUUAUUUUUUUGAGCAGUGUAUAUUUUAACACACUUUCUGCACAUUGUUGAUCCGUGUAUGUUUUGUUCAAUGAAAAUCCAAACUUAAGCAAUUAAGGCGGAUAAUCAUUUCGACUGCAUGAAUACAUUUUUCUUAUGUUGUCCACAAGAUAAAAUUAAUGAACAGAGAGGUGGGGCUUGCAAGAGGAUACG